AUGCCGGACCUGGCCCCGCUGCUGUAGAUGAGACCUCCCCGGCGUGUUUGGAACUGCUUAUGUAAAAAUGCAUCUAGUUAAGAAUGAACACCAGAGAAGUGCUGUAGUAGACACGGGCUUCAUGUCAUGUUGGCUUCCUGUUUAAAAAACAGUAGGCUGGCAAUUUUAAAGGGACAGUGACAAAGUGAUGACCAGGUGUCAAGUGCCAGCUGUCCUUAUUCAUCAGAUCGAACAAGAAUUGGAUAAAGAAGAAGAAGAGAUGAUGGUUUUCCUGUGCCGAGACCUUGCUCCUGACUUGGCCACUGCCGACCUUAGAGAGCUUUUGGUGGCUUUGAAUGAGAGGGAGAAAUUGUCUUUUCUUGGCUUGUCUGAGCUGUUGUACAGAGUUAAGAGGUUUGACUUGCUGAGGAGGAUCUUGAAGACUGAGAAAGCAACAGUGGAAGCUAACCUUGCCAGGAGUCUCAGACUUGUCCCUGAUUACAGGGUACUAAUGAUAGAGAUUAAUGAGAAUUUGGAAAAAGAAGAAGUGGGUUCUCUUGUUUUUCUACUCAGAGAUUAUGUACCUCGUAUGAAAAUGACAAAAGAUAAGAGUUUUCUAGCUCUUGUGAUUGACUUGGAGAAACUAAAUUUGGUGGCUCCUAAUCAACUGGACUUGAUAGAAAAUUGCUUUCAAAAUAUUCACAGGAUAGACCUGAUUAGGAAGAUUCAGAAGUACAAACACGAAGCUUUAAUGUCCUCCGUUCAUUCUCAGCCAGUAUAUGUAAAUGCACUUCAGGCAUCUCUCCCUAAUCUCAGUCUGAUUGAUCCUCCUUAUAAUUCAGGGAUCCAGAAUGUGAACAACGAAAAAUCGCAAAAUGGACAAAGUCUUAUUCUGGCAGAACCAGUCCACGUGUCCAUUCAGGAAUCAGGCCCAGUGUCACAUAAGGUGUCUGAUGAUCAGUACAGAAUGCAAAGUCAACCUUUAGGAAUAUGCCUGAUAAUAGACUGUAUUGGCAAUGACACAGAUGUGUUGGAAGAGACCUUCAGAGGCUUAGGUUAUGAUGUCCGUUGUCACAGAUAUUUAAAUAUGAACACCAUGAAUCAAACAUUGCUUGAAGUUGCACGGUUGCAGAAGCACAGAAAUUGUGACAGCUUCGUUUGCAUAUUGGUCAGCCGUGGAAGUCCUCAGAGCAUCUUCUGUACAGACCAUACCUCUUCUGGAUUCCCUUUGGAACAAGUAAAGAAAUACUUUACAGCAGACUCAUGUCCUGAACUCCUAGGAAAACCAAAGCUUUUUUUUAUUCAGAGCUACAUUGUGCCAGAAAAUGAGCAAGAAUGUACUAGUCUGUUGGAAGUAGAUGGGAAUGAUGAGAAAAUCAUUGCUAACGCAAAAAUCCCUUGGCAAGUCACUAUCCCCCAAGUAGCAGACAUCUUUUGGAGUCAGUGCAAGGUGGAUGUGUCUACACUAGAAAAAUCACCAAGUUCAUCCUCAUAUUAUCUGCGUUGUCUGGCAGAGCUGCUCUGCAAUCCCCAUAAAAGGAAACUCUCUAUAUUAGAUAUCCAUACGGAACUGAACAGAAAAGUCUAUGAAUGGAAUAAGACCACUGACCCAAGCCAACAAUACUCACUUCUGCUCCAGCAUACACUGAGGAAGAAACUUUUUCUUUCUCCCACUUAA